AAAUGCGAAAAUUGAAAAACGCGCUCGAUCUUUCCAGAAAAAAAAGGAAAGUGUGCAGCUUGUCGGCACAUCCGAACAAAAGAUAAGGACAUGUCCCUACUUGAUAUAUCAUUCCGUAGCAGGAAAGAAGAAAAUAAGCCUCAUUGUUAAUUGCGCUGGUGCUGUGUAACAGAAACUACUCGGGCCUAUCGUUCGGUAGCAGGAUUCAGGCCCUCAAGCCAGACAAUUUCGGGAUAGCAGGGAGUACGGUCGACAGCUCCUGCAGCGCGGUUUUGCAUUGACGCGCGCCUCGACUGUCAUGUUCAGUGCUUUUGUGCUUUUACUAUGUCAUUUUUCUUGUUUUUGCCGCUAAUUCUUUACAGCUGUUUUGGAUUAGGAGCCAAAGCCAACCCGCACGACUAUCAGCGGCUGGACAUUUUCGCUCUACUUUCUGGCACUCUGAGGACGUAUCAAAGGGCAGGCUGCGACAACGAUAUAGUUACCUUAAAAUGCCCUUCGGGGACCAGUAUUUCGGUCCAGAUAGCUCAAUACGGCAAGUCCGCAUCUUCCCAUAGCCUGUGCAACUCCAAAUCGACAUCUCCCACCUUGAGGACAGACAUCGAAGACGACACAGUGUGUUUACUGCCUAGCACUAUACAGUAUUCUCUAUUACAGACCGUUAUCGAGGCAUGCCAGAAAAAGAGACAGUGCAAGUUCCAAACAUCUCCGACAACGUUUGGUGGAGACCCUUGUCCAGGCAUACCGAAAUAUGUUGAGGUCGCAUACAAAUGUAGACCCUAUGAGUUCCGUAGCAAAGUGGCCUGCGAAAAUGAACGGGUCACACUCAAGUGCAAUCCCAACUCCAGAGUGGCUGUAUACAGUGCCAGUUAUGGAAGAACUCAAUAUGAGAGUAUACAGUGUCCUCAGCCACAAGGUGUACCGGAGGAGACUUGUCUUGCAAGUUAUGCCACUGAGACUGUUAUGAAUCUUUGCCAUGGAAAGAGGACUUGCGAACUGGCAGCCGACAUCAGCACUUUCGGCAGUCCCUGUAAACCUCAAUCUAGGAUGUAUUUGAAAGUAGUGUAUACUUGCGUGCCGAGGCGUGUGCUCAAAGACCAAUAUGAAGGACCACUGGAACCGGACGAGGUGGGCCAUAGCCAGAAGGACAGCGAUGAAUUCGACACUUACGACUCCGAAAAUGAAUAUAUUCGAGAGUCUGCAGCCUCACCUCCUGGGCCCAGUUUUAACGACGCUUCCAAAAACAACUUAACAGAAGAGAACAGCCUCGUGCCAGGAAAUAGCUCCACGGAAUUGCACUUUGAAAUUCAGAAAGAGUAUAUAAUAUACAUGGGCAUCAGUUUGGCGAUAAUAUUGGUACUUUCAGCGAGCAUCAUUGCAGGUCGAUUGCUUCUGAUCCGCCACAGAUCGCAAAAAGAAGCAAAAUUUUACUCUACCAGCAUAUCCGAUCAUACCCUGGCCAACGGAUUUACGGACGACAUCAGCGAGGUUGAUGCAGAUAUCGACCUUCAAACGACACUCCCGAUGUCAAUUCCAUCAAUACCAUCCGUCACCGUCCAUGCAGUACCGAUAAGUACUAUGGGUACAAUAGCCGAAGUCGUGAGAUACCCACAGUGUGCAGAUUACCUCCACAUGCAUUCUCACUCACAUACGUUUAGGGGACCAGCAGGUCCAGUGCUGGACAGUCACGUGACCCCUAACAGGAACAUGAAAGACGCAAGUACUAGCCAGUACUACUACGGAUGACCAGAGCUUUCGGGGAACGAUACUGUUCCUCGUUCGGUACAAAAUCCAAGGGAAGAAAAAAGAAACAGUACCUUCAGUUGCCAAGAACAGCGUACUUAUUGUUUUUAAGUGGCGAAUGAAAUGAAUUACAGGGUUGACUUUAUUUAUUUUGUAAAAUAAGAUGAUGAAAGUAACAUGAUGUAGUAGUGUAAAUAAAAUUAUAAUAAACAAUACUUCUAGAAUCGCGUGUAAAGAUAAAUGAGAAAAUAUGUAGCUGAAAAUGGUGCAAAACUUGUAUACCUACCCAAUAGGAAUUCUUUUGUAUUUCCAUUAAGCGUCUCUAUCAAAUAAAUUUGAUAAUUAUCUUGUUAAUUAAUUAAACUUUUCAUUACUCUGUGUCCGAACAACAGUUUGAUGUUGGAAGCAUUUAAUUUUUGUAAGGCAAACAGGGAAUUCGAAUGAGAGUACAGUUUUUGCUUGUUGUAUUAACAAACUGAUGCAAAAUGUUAACUCUUUUUUCCAGCUAAAAUUAACAAAUAUGUUGCCUUUCAUUAACCCGAUGCCAAUCUCUGUAACAAAAAAACAAUUGUAUAAAAAAAAUCGUAAUCACAAUCUUUCAACCUUGAAUUUAUAGAUGCUCCUCGAUUAAUUAUCGAUUAACGACAUAGAAAAUGUUUGAUUAAUAAAACCUUGAGUUUCAAAUUUGUAAUACAAACAGCCUUAAAGUCAUUGUACUGUAUUUGAAAUGGUUUAACUUCUGAUUUUAUUUCAUCAGCAAAAAAUAUACGUGAUACUUAUAACAGAAAAUAAUUGUGUAAACUUAGAAAUAUACAGAGAAAUAAAAUGUUAUUUAAAAUA